AUGUUUAAUCUUAUCACAGAAGUAACAAUAUCCACAACAACAACAACAACAACAACAACAACAACAACAACAACAACAACAACAACAACAACAACAACAACAACAACAACAACAGUGAGGACAACGAUCACUACUGCCAUUUCAGUUAAUCUCAGUCGCCUAACUUGGGAUGAAAAUGGCGUGACAAUUGCUGGUGCACAAAACGGUGAGAACGGCCAAGCUUGCGAUCAUCUCUAUGACCCACGGGAUCUAAUUGUCGAUAAUGAAAAUAUCUACGUAUCGGAUACAUCAAAUCGACGCCUACUAAUAUUUGUCAAUCAUUCCACUGAAGGACAAUCUCUCUUCACAAGGGAUAGAUUAUAUGGACUUGCAUUAAAUCAAGAAGAACAAGCUAUCUAUUUUUCACAAGAAAGUGGCAGUAAUGAGCUUAUCCAACGCAUCAAAAAAACUGGGGGUGAACCGAGUAUCGUUGUACCAAGUGGACACAUUAGCCGUUCCUACAGCCUGGUUGCUUUCGAAGGAAGUACUUAUAUAUGUGAUACAAGUAACCAUCGCGUCAUUUUAUGGUCGAAUAUUGAUAGAAACUUUACUAUAGUGGCUGGGGGUAACGGUGUGGGAUCAGAUUCAGACCAACUUCGAGCACCUGAAGGUAUCUUUGUUGAUGUAAACCGAAACGUCUAUGUAGCAGAUACAUUGAACCAUCGAAUACAACUCUGGAAGUAUGGUACUUCAAACGGAACAACAAUCGCAGGAACUUCAUAUUUAGGAUCAGGUUUACGUCAAUUAAAUAGUCCUAGAGCAGUAUUUGUCGAUAGUGGUACGAUGUUUAUAGCUGACAGCGGCAAUAAUCGAACUUUGAAAUGGAAUAUAGGAGAGCUUACAGUAGCAGCCGUACUUGUAGGAAGUGGCUCAGGCAAUAAUCCAAAUCAAUUGUAUAAUCCAACAAGUCUAAAAUUUGACCCACAAGGAAAUAUGUACAUAGUCGAUCAUGGAAAUAAUCGUGUUCAGAAAUACUUGGUCAAGAAUGCUUAG